ACAAAUGAAUCGGAGAGGAGAAAGAAGGGAGGGAUAGAGGUGAAGAUAGGGCACAUCCUGCAAAGAUAAUGCCUGUACAAUCAAUGACAUCAUCCUGCUGCUUAUAUAUGUAGGGGAAUGGCCAGAGCACUUCUCACAGUUCACUCACUUUCAAAGCCAGCUGAAGGCAAGAGGAAGCACGAGAGAGAGCCCCCUUCAGUGUCCUUCUGACUUUUAUGAACUUGGCUUGCUAUAGAAGGCUGAAAGAUGAUGGCAGGAAUGAAAAUCCAGCUUGUAUGCAUUCUACUCCUGGCUUUCAGCUCCUUGAGUCUGUGCUCAGAUUCAGAAGAGGAAAUGAAAGCAUUAGAAGCAGAUUUGAUGACCAAUAUGCAUACAUCAAAGAUUAGUAAAACAAGUGUUCCCUCUUGGAAGAUGACUCUGCUUAAUGUUUGCAGUCUUGUAAAUAAUUUGAACAGUCCAGCUGAGGAAACAGGAGAAGUUCGUGAAGAAGAGCUUGUUACAAGAAGGAAAUUUCCUGCUGCUUUAGAUGGCUUUAGCUUGGAAGCAAUGUUGACAAUAUACCAGCUCCACAAAAUUUGUCACAGCAGGGCUUUUCAACACUGGGAGUUAAUCCAGGAAGAUAUUCUUGAAACUGGAAAUGACAAAAUGGAAAAGGAAGAAGUCAUAAAGAGAAAAAUUCCUUAUAUUCUGAAACGGCAGCUGUAUGAGAAUAAACCCAGAAGACCCUACAUACUCAAAAGAGAUUCUUACUAUUACUGAGAAAAUAAAUCAUUUAUUUACAUGUGAUUGUGAUUUAUCAUCCAUUAAUUAAGUAUUAAAUUAUAUAUAUAUGUGUGAAAAUGUGACAAAACACACUUAUUUGUCUCUUCUACAAUUGUGGUUUAUUGAAUGUGAUUUUUCUGCACUAGUAUAAAUUAAACUAAGUGUUUUCAAAUAAAUCUAGAUCUUCAGCAUGA